GGUGACUUCUGCCGAAAGGUUUUUUCGUACUUAAGAACUGUUUACUUCCGCUUAUAAGCCCUGGGCUUAAAGAACUUCCUAAGGGAUUUUAGGAGGGCUCAUAUCCGAGGGGGCUUAUAACUGGACCCAGAAAAAGCGUUUCAAAACAAGCUUCUUAGCGGUGCUGAUUAAAACACUCUUUGAAUUUACUCUCUUUUUUAAGCUUCAAAACGUCGUAAAAAUCGAGUCUUUUAAGCGGAAGUAUAUGGUACCUCACAUAGGAAGUUCUACAACUGCGAGAUCGCCUUGUUGGCUGCAGUGGUGUCCAUGAACUUAUUCAAGGUCUUUGCUCGGGCCAUUGGCUCAAGGUCUAUGGCGUAGACGUGGAAAUCUGGGUCUUUCUUAAGGAUGACCUUUCAGACAGAUCUCAGAGGGUUGAGGUCAGAGAAGCAUUCCCUAGAAUUAGGAGGUCGUGCUUUACUUUGUCUGCUUGUCGGCCUAGGUGAAUCCUAUCUACUUGCUAUUUUCCCGCUAUUUUUCUAAAUAUAAUAUGUAGAUUUAGUUGGCGAAAAUUUUUUGCUUGUGGUUUACUCAAGCAAACUAUAAGAUCGUGUAAUGCUGAGAGGCGACGGCAACGAAAACGGAAAAAAACAAUAGGUCUAAUUAGCAAAAUAACAGCUUUACACGUGCAGCACACUUUUUUGAACAUUUCUUUGCCGUUGUUUUGCACGACUACGACGUGAAACUUCUAGAAACUUCCGUGUUCCUGUUCGCGUUUUUUUCACUGCCGCUCAUUUUCACCUUAGGGGACGCUAGCAUUUCUCAUUCUCUCACCACCGCUAUAAAAUUUUCAUGUUUUUCUUCCAGCGAAAUUGUUCUCCUUUGUUUUUCAUCUCGAGCUCUAGCUCUUAAUCUGUUAUCCACGUCAAUGUAGACAUUCAGAUUUCGUCAUUAAAAAACAGGGUGGCCAGGUGAUUUACCACCGAAACGCGCGGGGGCUUGAAAUGCGAAAUUCCACUCCAGCUUACAUGAAGGGGUAGACAUACGUACGGACGAAUGUACGAUUUUCUCAGAACCAAAACUUCUUGGAUGCAUAGAUAACUAAAUUUUCUUACCCAUGGGGCUCACACGCGCGAGAGCUCCGCUGGAAUUUGCGAUUCGAUUCACCAAUGAAUCACAUCGCGCUUCUCUCUUAUUCAAUAUUUCAAAGAAACACUGAAUAAAUUACAAAUUGUGCCUUUUUUAAAUUGCUUUUUAAUUUAUUUCAAACUCUUUUAUUAAAAUUUUCAGGUACGCUAUAUAAAAUUUGCAUGAAAGGUAAAAAUGUGAAAAAGAACUUAUUAAUCUAACCUCAGGAAGAAACAAAAGGCAGAUAUAACGUAUUAGAGGAAAGUAUUAGAGAUCAAACAGAAAAGCCAGUGGUAUUAGAACCUGAAAAUUCGCCAAUUUAAAUGACAAUAAAAUGGGAAUAAUAGUUGAAACUAUAACAAUCCGCCACGGGAGGAGGGGCCUUCUAAAGGCUGCUGUUCGAGCGUUUACCUUUAGAACGCUACUGUACCAGGUAAAAAAUAUUUUAAAUUUAUCAAAUUAACUAUUGAUCAGGGGCACAAAACCACUUAAACAUAGCAAUGUUGAACGUAUUUUAGUAUUUAAACGGUAGAUAUACGCAUAUUUUUAUGCCCUAAAAAUUUUUCAUCUGUUCGGAUUUCCUAGCUGAAAGUCUAGUGAUCCGAAAAUUAUAGGGAUCAAAACUUACUUUUUCGAAAAUUUCAGCCAGAAAAAAGGCUCCCGAAAAUUCUAGGUGACCUUUUUAGGGUAAAAAUCCGUUAAAAAUGGGCAAUUAUAUCAUUUUUGGGGGGGUUCGAAAAUCCUAGGAGGCGGGCAAGCAAGAAAUUUAACAACAAAUGUUCCGAAAAUUCUAGAUCUCAAAUCGUCUUCCGAACAGAUAUUUUCCAAAAAUUGUCGUUGGGUGCCCUUGAUUUACGCCUAUUUUUAAAGGGUUAGUACCAGGAAAGUACUCCCAAGUCUUUGUACUAACUACCCUAGAAAAUCUAUAUUUUUCUCAAAUGGAACAACGUAUCUUUAAAACGUCGGCCAAACGCUUUCAAGUAUCAGUCCACUUUCUUCCUAUACAUCCUUUGCAAUUGUAAACAGUUUUCAUAUAGCUACUAUAAGAAAGAACAUGCCACUAGCUAUUAGUAAAUUUCCAUGAUAGAAACACUUCAGGUGGUUUUUCAAGUAGUACUACUAAUAUUACUGCCCUUUUAGAUGUCAUACGCCGUGAAAAAAAGUCGAAGAUAACUUUACUAAGUUGUCAACUGAAGAUUGUUUUAAUUGAGGAGGUAAACAAAGUUUCAGAUUCACGUUCAGAAAAUGAUUUUGUACGGUAGAGCAUAAGAUUGCAUAGAUGUCGCCUUCAUUAAGUUUUUCUUGAUCGGUUUUCAAGAUCAUGGUAGACACCGUUUUAAUAUAAGACUGCGAAUAUUUGUGGGCAAAGACUUUUACGAACCCUGCGACUGCAUACUAAAAUAAGAAAUCGUUCGUGGAUUUCUAUGAAAUAUUAUUUAAAAAAGUAAUACUAGAUCUUUGAAGACUUAAUUAUAUUCUAGUGAGUAUUUUCAAAUGUUAUGCUUUUAAUGUAAGUGAUUUUAAUUCCUCGGAUUUCUAAGGAUCUCUUAGGGGAGGCGACGUAAUUUUGAUUUUAAUCCUUAAUUUCGUAGAAGAUUUCAAAGUUCUAAUUAUUAUUUUUGCCAUUAUCCGCCCGAAAAAAAAAAUUUAAAGUCAAGAAAUAUAGUUUAGGAAUAAGUAGAUUGUCAAGAAGUCGAUAUCUAUCUGCACGGCAUUUACAUUAUUUACACUGAUUUAUCCCUAAAUUAAAGCAAGUAUGGCGAUUUCUACAUCUACUUUGUUUGAUUUAAAUGACAAGAGGAGUUUUAUAUGUUUGCCACCCAGGAUUUAAAAUGUACUGAAAAAGGAAAUCUACUGAAUUAAAGUCCUCUUUGUCUCAGCAAAAAGUGACCCACAAAAAAAGAGCUUUAACUUGUUCUAGGUAAGCAAAAAACCCAGAAGCCUGGAAAGACAAAAAAAACCACCAAAACAAAAAACAAAACAAGAAAAGCGAAAUAUAAACUUAUGCAAGUGAAUACCCAUUAUAAUAACUGACUUUAAUAAAAAAAAAAAGUGCUGAUUUUUUUUCCGGGUGUUUUUGAUGUCUUUUAGCCUUCUUUAUAGCGUAGCACCUUAGGUAAGAAAAUUUGGUUAUCUUUAUGCAUCCGAGAACGUUUGGAAGUGACUUGUCGUCACGUGACCGUACGUCCAUCCGUCCGUCCGUCCGCACCACAGGCAUGCCAAUGUAAAAUAACUCAAUCAACAGGUAUGGCAACCCAAAUGCAACUCGAGGUUUUUUGGCGAGAAAUCAUAUGGCCAACCGUGUCAUGUGAAGCAGAGACCAUAAAAGAGUCAAUAAAGACAAAAUGAAAGCGGAAAUUGUUUCUAUAUUCCGGUUGUUUAAAGUAUUCAGCUUAGAUUAAUUGUCAUGUCCACCCAAAAAGACAGAGAAAACGUGAAAGAAGUAUGCGACAGGCUAGCGAAGCUCAAGGAGAAAAAGGGCAACAGAGAUAAAAAAAAGGAGAAAAAAUGAAGAAUGCCAGUGGCCAGCAAGGUGAAAAUGAGUGAAGUGAAAAAAAUGCGAACAGGAACACAAGCAACAAAUUUUUUUUAGGAACACAUACAACAUUUUCUCCAUAAAACGUGUAACUAGGAAGUUUAACGUUACGACAACAACGGCAAAAAAAUGUACAAAAGAGUGUGCUACACGUUAAAGUCCUCUUAAUCUCUUGUGCUACACGUGAUUUGUUAUCGUACCAUCCGAAUUUCAAUGCUAAUCUACUCAAAACAAAAUAAACAUUUAAUGUAAGGUAGCUCUCACAUGAGAAAUGGGGGCUGACAAGUAUUUUUACUAUGGAAACGAAGAAUGGUAAUGGAAGACUGGGAACUGGAAACGGGAAAAUAAAAUGGGAGUAAAACUUUACUCAAUCCCUAGAAAUACCAGAAUCCCUAUCAUCCUUUCUCCGUUUGGCUCCCAUUUUCUUAUUUUCCUGUUCCCAGUUCCUCAUUUUCUGUUUUGGCAGCAUCCCGAAAACAACGACUGUACGCACAUAUGAUAACAUACAAGUGAAACUUUAAAAUUGCUGGAAAAGGAACGAGGGCUUCGUUCAUCCACAGGUAAGGUUACGUUUGUCAGGUAAACCUGUCCUAUGACUUUUUUUGUCGAAAUUAAUAUUAUUAUAGACAAUUUGUCCUAGCCGUCAGGAAAUAGUCCCAAUUGGGCGUGCUUACAAACCGUAUCAAUUUAAAAUCAGUGCCAUAACAAAUUCUUAGUUCCUGACAAAAGAAAAUAAUAAGAAGAAAAAUUAAUUACCUUUAAUGUAAAAAUAUACAGUGUUACAGUGAUUUAAACCUCGCAAGAACUGGCUUUACAUAGAAGGAAGUCUUCAUGUAUAUAAUAGACUCAUUUUCAAACUUUUUGCAUCCUUUAUACUACAGUCGAACCUCCAUAUGCGACCACCUCUCUUAAGCAACCAGCAGCUCCCAUAACCGACCACAGAUGCAAAAUACCAAAAUGCAAUGCCGGGUCGAUCACGUAAUGAACUUUAUGUAAACACGAAAACAGUUCGCCUUUGGAAAAUUUUCUGAGCAGGCGGAAAGGGCGUAUUAAAAUAAGGUAACCUGUAAAUUUUCAGAAGCAUAUAUCUACUGAGUAGAGAUUGCAACGGCCGCCGAAAAGUAGAAGGAUUUGUAUAGGAAAAACAACUCUUGUCACUCAGUCAAUUACUUUAGGAGAUGUAGCAUCUUGAAAUGUAUUUAUGUUUCGAAAAUAGUAACAAAAUGGCGGGAAAUUCAAGAAUCAAAGCUUAAUAACUCUUUAACCAAUUGGGCUUUUCAAAAACUUUUUUCACAUUUGUUUCUAUCACUUCACGCUCUCUCAAUUUUUUUUAAUUUUUUUUGCCAUAGCUUGAAAUUUAUAAUUUGCUGUCAAUCUUGUGACGUCAUUUUCCCGCUAAAAAACGUUGAAAUCGAAAAACACAAAAAUAGGAUUUUUUGGAAUACAAAGUUCUACCAUCCUGCAAAGUUUGAGCUCAAAGGAAGAAAAACUGCAAAAGUAGUUCUUACCUAUUCAUAAUUAUAUGUCCUAUACGCCCACCGUGUUUAGUAUAAUAAUAAAAAGGAGCAAUAAUAAAAUCAUAUCUUAGCUGAAUCCCUGAGUGGCCAUUUUUAGAAGAUGACUUUGUGAAUACGCGUGUUUUUCUAGGGUAUAUGAUCAUUUCAACUUUAAGUAAAUGUUACAUUUUAUCAUAUCACCUGACCUCUCUAUUUUUUAACCAAUAUAUCCCCAUAGUUUUUACUUUGAUUACCAUUCACACGCGUAAGAAAAUGAUUUACAUUUAAAAAUAAGGUCACCUCCAGCCUCGCUUUCACUCAAGGCAAGGAGGAUCAUCUCAGUAUUAUUCAAUCUAUUGAAAAACGGUUCAUUAAAUCUACAGAGGACGAAAUGGCUUCCAAUGAGAUAAUCUUUUGUGGACUACCAAGCUGGAUUGGAAUACAGAGGAACGACUCGGCUGCCUUCAUAAACAACAUUCUACUCGCUGCUGUCAAUGGAUCUUCUGCCAUCUUUGCAUUCCUCAGUAACCUGGCCGUCAUUGUUACAAUCAUCAAGACCCCCUCCUUACAGAAGCCAUGCAACAUUUUGCUGUGUAGCCUGGCCAUCGCAGAUUGCCUCACUGGAGUUGCUGCUCAGCCCAUGUUUAUCGUGUGGCGUUUUUUUCUUCAAAGAGCCCAGCAGUCAUGUCUACAUCAAGUUCUGGUGUUUGACGUGUAUUACACUAUCUAUUUCUUUACCGUUGGUUUAUCUUUCGUCAACAUUGUUAUCAUCAGUUUUGAUCGCCUAUUCGCCUUGUCUAGACCUUUGGUGUAUAUAACUGAGGUGUCGAAAUCAGGUGAGGUUAUUAUCAGUUAUCAGAUUUAUUAGGGAGGUUCAGCAACGACGAAGACGAACACGAAAACAACAACGUCAAAAAACAAUUCUUUUUUUGAGCAAAACAACAGCUUUGCACGUGCAUCACCCUUUAAGUUCAUUUUUUGACGUUCACUGGACGACUUCGAAGUGAAACCUUCUUAGACAACGUUUUAUGGAGGACGUGAACAUACUACGACGAAUUUUCUCUCUUUGAACCUGGAUAAAGUCCUUAAAAAUUAACCCUGGGAGAAAUUGAUUUUAUUUGUAAAAUCAAAAAGGUCCCAAAGACGCGACAAAGUUUGAAAGGGCGCAAAUUCAUCUUUUUAAAAGACGCCAGUUCUCACUGUCAUCGUCGUUUCAGCUUAGGCUUCCUAUUAGCAGCAUCACGCCCAAAUGACUCUCACUAAAUCCUUCUAAAUUGAACCAUAACAUUAUAAUUCAAUUCAAAUUUUGAAGGUUUUGUUAGACUCAUCAUAGCUUAGCCGUACCAUUAGUCCACCGCCAAAAAACUGCAGGAAAAUCCCAUCAUCACUUCUUUAAAUAGACAAUGAACUGACAUCAGGAAAUCCUCGUUAGGAAUUACACCUUUUUAUCAAUUUUUAUACGAUUUUAAUAGAUUUCUACUAGACCGUAGCGUUUCUGAUACUCAUGUCUUGAAGAGGAACGUUUCUACCAAUUGGUUUUUGCGUUACUCGCUUCGCAUAAUUAUCAAUUUUUAUUUUCCUUUCUUUUGCUGAUGUUGUUCUACACCGUGACAUCUAAAUUUGUUGCAGCCUAAUGUUCCUCGUUUGUUUGCUAAUGGCCCUACACUCAGAGCUUAAGUAAGGCCUUGUUCACACCAUUCCGAAUAACCUUUCGUGCCGAUACGAAAAGAUAUCUUGUAUUAUGGACUGCAAAGGCACAAAACUCACAUUGCAUCAGAGUGUGACGCAAAACCUAUCCGAUAUGUGACGCUCCACUUUCGAGAUCGGCGCGGCGAAGCUUUGCUCCGUUACAAAAAUCGCACCGAAAUCACCGUUCUCAUGUGUGAACGAGAGUCCUAUCCGCUAUGGUUUUGGUUUCGGCGCUAGCAUUAUCCGGGAUAGUGUUAACAUAGCCUGUCUAAACUAAUUUUUUGCAUUUUUGCAGGAGUACUAAAAGUUACUGUCUUCUCGAGCAUUUUGUGGCUGCUGUUGACAAUCUUAUUUCAGUUUGUUUUGACUACUGGGCAAAGACUCGUUCUCGUCCAUAUUUAUGGUGCGGUGUUUGUGAUACUUCCUCCUGUCAAUUAUAUGAGAGUUCUGUUCUUUAUUCGUCGUCAUAACUCCCAUCUGGCUGUUGCUAUUCCGUCUCACAUGACAACAGUAUUUCAGCGCGAGAAGAAGGUAGCACUUGACAUGUGCAUUAUCACCGUCUUGCUUUUCGCUUCUAUCUCGCCAGCUGCGUUCAUGGUGUUACUUCGAAACCGAUAUCCAAGCGUUCACUCUAUUCUGCUUCCUUGGAGUUUAACAAUGGCGUCCAUUCUCUCCUCUGUUAAUCCGGUAAUUUAUUUUGGACGGAAUAAGAACAUGAGAACUGCUUUUAAAUUCAUAAUGAAACUAUAA